GCACGGCGGCCGCCUGUCCUGGAGCCGGAAGCGGGGAGGUGUUGGGAUGGCGGCCGCGCCGGGCCCCGCCCCUGGAGACGCGUCCGCCGCGUUGCCCCCGCCCCUGGAGAUGCGGCGCGGCCGGGCCGGGGCCAUGAAGCUGACGCGCAAGGCGGUGCUGGCCCGCGCCAAGGCCGCCGAGCUGGACAACGUCCGCAAGCUCAACUGCUGGGGCAGCUGCCUCACAGAUAUUUCAAUAUGCCGUGAACUACCAAACAUUGAAGUGAUCACAUUCAGUGUGAACAGUAUCUCCAGCCUGGAGCCAAUGAGUCAGUGCCAGAACCUGAGUGAGCUCUAUCUGAGGAAGAACAGCAUCCCGAGUCUGAACGAGCUCUUUCAUCUGAAAAACCUGCCCCGGCUGAGGGUCCUGUGGUUGUCUGAGAAUCCCUGUUGUGGUCCAGACCCCCACCGGUACAGAAUGACUGUGCUGCGUAACCUCCCCAACCUUCAGAAGCUUGACAACCAAGCUGUGACAGAAGAAGAAUUGUCACAGGCCCUGGUAGAUGGGGAAGAGAUCACUGCACCUCCAGCUAAGCGAAAUCUGGAGAACGGCUGUCCAGAGGCCAAUGAAUCGAGUACCACUGAGUGCACAAUGGAGCCAAAGAGUGAACAUCUGAAUUUCACCCUGGAGGAGACAAACAAGAUUCGAGAGCAACUUGGCAUGAAGCCUGUUCCCAGAGAUAAAUUUUCCUCCUUUUUGCCCAGGGAGACUGAUGGCAGCAGGAAGAAGAGGAACAACAUCCUCAAUGCUAUCCUGCUGCUCAUGAAAGAGCUGGACACAGAGGGCCUGGAAAUCAUCCACCAAACAGUGGGGAAGAGACUCCAAGCCUUACAGAAGAAGGAGCUUCUGGAAGAGCGAUAGUGCCCAUUGCAGAAUUCUCCAAAGCAGCCACUUUCUGGGCUCACAGAAAUGGAACCAGACUGGCAGCACCAGUUCUGCCCACACGCACUUCAGGCGACAGUAAAAUCCUCUCUGUAGCCUGCUGCACUUUACCUGGGGUGGACUGGGAGCGGGCAGUACUGACCAUAGGAAGAAACUAACUCUUGCAACACAUGACAUCCCCCUUGGCUGUGCAUGCCAGGCCGGUGUUGGGAGCUGCCGAGCAAAUCUUGCAGCAUGCUUUCAUCCCACACGACAGGUUCUAUAAUGCUCAUAACUCACAUAGCUGAAUCCAUGCAGUCUAACUCGGUGCUCCCCUAGGACUCACAAGGGAGUCAGAAAACAAAGGUGAGCGGGGGUAAAGCAACCGGUGAAGAAGGGAGGAGAAAGAUAACUCUGCUUGUGCUGAUGAAAUGGAGUGGAGGAGAGACCUGCCCAGCAGCUACAAAUACCAUUGCUAUUAGGUUUGUUCCAAGAGUGGCUUUAAUCAGAGUAAUGCUUGGGCAAAGCCCUAUAGUUCCUUUCCUCUGCCUCUCUGGGAGUGUAGUAUCGCAGCAAGGGUUUAUGCCAUGCCUUCAAGAGUGGGAGGAGACGGAAAGCAACUUCUGCAAAUAAAGAUGAGGUUUCACAAAAACAGACUUCUGAACAGACGUGCUAAAAAGAAUCACUAACUCUUAAAUUUUUGGUGCAGUUUUUGAAGCUCAGUGUCAAAGUGUUAGUUUAUUUUCAACUCCUACCAUUUCUUAGUCGGCAGCUUCUUACCCAGUCAAAGGGGUAACUCCAAAUGUUAUCUUGUUGCAACUGAGCCUAAAUUCAAGAUUCCGGGUGGUAAAUGACUCUCUCCUGUAUGCUGAAAUUUCUCUGCUUUCCAUCACCACUCACUCCUUCAGUCUUCAAAGCAGCUAAGAAAAAUUUACAACUAGUGCAGAGAAAGAUAGCCCAGGUGUUCUGACCGUGGUAGCAAUUGAGACAGAAACAAGCUGGGGAUGUUUGCUGGGAGAUCUGCUUAGAUAGGAGGGUGGAAUUGUUCUUUACUGACAAGACUGAACUUCUUAAAAGUGUACAGAACUGUUAAAUGCUAAAUAAAAUGCUGUCCCUAUUA